CUGCAAAGCAGUACCCAGGCAUGUUUAUUGAAUGCUCUGGAGGAUUAUGUCACACACGAGGAGAAUAGUUUGGCCAGACGAAACGAUAAAUAUUCCGAGCCCAAUUUUGAUUUCAUCACUUUUUGCCGCGAACAGGUAACAAUCAUCCAACCAUUGACAAUGGUUUUAGUUGGUGCAGGCGAUUUUUUAAAUAAUCCCCGUGCGCUGUUGCCUCAAAUUUGCAGGUUUCAGAUGAGUUUAUCUCGGCUCUAUCAAAGUCUUGAUAUCACAGAGCAGGUGACUGCAAUGUUUGAUGAACUCGAUGCAAUGUUAUCUCUGAUUGCUCUAAAUCAUUCUUCAGCAGAACCAGCGCCGAAAUGGUUUGCAUCGUCUUCAACGUCUGUUUCGGAUGCAUCGUACGGUUGUCCACUUUUUAUAGCAAUGCUGAAAUGUGAAGCGCCAUGGGAGGGUAUUACAUUGCUGGAAUUGCGUCACAUCAUUUUUGCGCAUCAAAUUUUGGUA